AUGGGGCAGCAUAGGAUUUCCUCCCUGUGUGUGCUUACAGCGAGUCCCGGGACUACGGAGGCCGGCUCCCCAGGGGAACUGCGCUUUCGGUGCGUGAUGUGCGGCCGCGGGUACCGCUCGCGGUCCUCCCUCACCAGACACUCUAGGUACGAGUGCGGGGGACUCGGAUCCAGGUACACCUUCACCUGUACGCUCUGCGGGAAAUACUUCUGCAGGCCAGAUCAUCUCAAGCAGCACAUUCUCAACAUUCACGGCGGCACUGCUUUCACCAAAUAA